AUGGCCUCCAGAUCACCGGUUUCCGCCGCAUCGCAACAGCAAAAGAUCUCGUCCACACCCGACGUAGCUCCGACAUCUCCGCAAGUAACACUACCGGCACCAAAAACAACACCACAAGCAGUCCCAUUCCCGCCUCCGCAAACCUUUGAUUUCCUACCGCCUUUACACGCGCUAGUACUACGUUUAUUGUCGUCGACGAAUACGCCUACUAUUGGUGCAGCGGCGGCGGGGGCCAGUCAAUCCACCAUCGGCGGGAAUGCCUCGGUUGGAGUCGCAAGUCAAACGGAGGCAGGCUCACAGUCACAACAAAAACAAUCUCAACCUCAACCAAAACCUGCGUCACAACAACCGCUCGGUGGAGCCACCGACUCCGCAACACCAUCAUCCAACCUCCCACCCCUCGAAGCAAAAGAUCUCUUGACAGCCGCAAGCGCGAUUCGGAUACGUAUUCAAAAGGCGCGUGCUGUUGUGCAGGGUUUGUCGGAUGUGGAGAGGACGACUGAGGAGCAGGAUGAUGAGAUUGAGGAGUUGCAGGAGAGGAUUGCCAGUUUGAGGGGUGUUGUUGCUGAUUUUGGAAGGAGGGCGGGUGCGCAGCACACUCUAGAGGAUGAUAAGAUGGAUGUUGGUGUUUGA